AUGGGUCUCCUCCCCGCCAACCGCAUCAGCGAGAACGUCAAUGGCCCCCUCGCCUUCGCGUCCACGGUCAUGAUGCUCUCGCAGAUCAAUUUCGGAAUGGACUUGGUGGCCUUCGCGAACACGCAGGCCAUGAAUGCUUUCAACGAAAAGUUCGGCCACUACAACCCGCACCUCAAACGCUACGCCGUAGACCCGUACUUUUUGUCCUUGCUCAACAGCCUCACGUACGUCGGACAGGUUUUCGGCGUCAUCACUGGCGGCUGGAUUACAAGACGCUAUGGCCGUCGAGCGUCAUUUUGGGUCAUGUCAUUCUGGGCGAUUUUGUCGGCGAUAUUGCUCGUCACCGCCGAGAAGAAGGAACAGGUUCUCGUCGGGCGUAUCUUGAACUACGUCUACCUCGGCCAGGAGCUUGUUACCGUUCCUGUGUUUCAAGCCGAGAUUGCACCGCCCGAGAUUCGAGGGAUGGUGAUUGGGACAUUUCAAUUGGGGACAAUGGUCGGGUCAUUCAUCAUGGCAUGCAUCACAUUCGGUACAAGCAAGCUCGACGACGAAUCAUCGUUCCGUAUCCCCUUUGGCAUUUUCUUCGUCAUACCGUUUGUGGUGUCGAUUGGCGCAUGGUUCAUGAAAGAGUCCCCCCGGUGGCUCCUCGUCCGCAACCGAUCCACCGAAGCUCUCGAAUCUCUCACCCUCUACCGUCGAGGCAAAUUCACCCCGGAGCAAAUCCAAGACGAAUACCGGGACCAAGUUGCCAUGAUCGCCGCGCUGACGAACGACAAAGGCACGUUCAAGGAGAUGUGGCAGGGCACGAACCUCAAACGGUCCCUGAUCGUCAUCGGCGCCAACGUCAGCAUCCAAAUCAGCGGACAAGGCCUCUUCAGCAAAUACGGCACCAUCUUUCUCAAAGACCUCAACGGGCCGAACCCGUUCCAGAUGUUUUUGAUCAACACUUCUUUGCAGAUUGUCAUUGUUCUCUUGGCCCUGUACAUGUUUGACAAGGUUGGAAGAAAACUCCCACUCAUCAUAGGUUCAACAGUCCAAUGUACGACGUACUUUGCCAUCGGUGGCCUCGGCACGGUCUCCAACCCUGGCGACGGGACCAAGAUCGCCAUCACGGCCUUGUUUACGGUCUACUUUCUCGGUUUCGUAUUUGGAUGGGGACCAAUCUAUCAUAUUCUCACGUCCGAGAUACCUAGUUCACGCAUGAGAGACGUGACAUACACGGUCGCAAGCGCCGUCACGGUCGUCACUCAAUUCGUCGUGGCCUUCUGCAUCCCGUACCUCCUCUACGCGCCGUACGCCAACCUGGGCGCCAAGAUCGGGUUCAUCUUCGCGCCCAUCGCGUUCCUGACGCUGGUCUUUGCCAUCCUCGGCGUCCCCGAGUGCCGCUCCUUCUCGCUGGAGGAGAUCGAUCACCUGUUCAGACAGAGGGUGCCGAUCCGCCACUUCACGCGGUACAAGCACGGAGAGAUCCUGACGCAGGAGGACCUGGACGCGCAGCGACCCGGAGGCGUGCAAAAGGCCGGGGAGGAAGGACCGUCGGUGGAGUUGAAGGAGGUCGCGGUGUCGUAG